AUGAGAGGGUUACAGGUAUCUUUGAACCAGACGCAGAAGAUCAGACUGCAGAGGGCUCUGCAACAGCUUGAAUCGUUGUCUUCUAAAGUGAAUGUCAAUGCUUCCGUCACUGUCGCCGAUACUAUCCCGGUGAACUUCGAAGACAACAUUCUAAAGGGUCACGGAACUGUAGAGCGAGACGGUGAACUGGUGGCGACUUUGUGUGGAGUGGUUGAGCGAGUUAACAAACUGGUUUACGUUCGUCCUUUGCGAUCCAGAUACAAGCCAGAAAUUGGGGAUAUUAUUGUGGGAAGAGUUGUUGAGAUUGUUCCUAAGCGUUGGAAAUUGGAAAUAAACUUCAGCCAAGAUGCAGUGUUAAUGCUUUCUUCGAUGAACCUGGCCGAUGGUAUUCAGAGGCGUCGUACUGCUGUGGAUGAACUCAACAUGCGUAGCUUUUUCGAGGAGAAUGAUGUUGUGUGUGCUGAAGUUCGUAAUUUCCAGCAUGAUGGAAGUUUACAGCUUCAAGCAAGAAGUCAGAAGUAUGGAAAGCUUGAGAAGGGUCAAUUGCUCACUAUCCCUCCUUAUCUAGUGAAAAGACGCAAACAACAUUUUCACCAUAUGGAACAGUAUGGAGUUGACUUAGUUCUUGGAUGUAAUGGGUUCAUCUGGAUUGGUGAACAUGUUGAAGUCAGAGACACAAUGAGUGGGGACCAAGUAAGUAAUACCGAGCAACAGAAUACAAAAUCCAGUACCAGUACAAAUUAUAUGGAUCUUGAAGAACAAGAACAAGGUUACACACCAUUGGAGACAAGGCAGAAUAUAUGCCGGAUUGCAAAUUCUGUACGGGUUUUGUCGUCUUUAGGCUUCAAUAUAACUGUAGAAGUGAUUAUGGAGACAGUCGACUUGAGCGGCACUAUGAAUCUUGAGGUGCACGAGAUGCUUGGAUCUGAGUUUUAUGUUUUAGUUGCUGAGAAAGAGGCUGAACGGCGAUGCUCGUCCGGGAAGAAGAAAGGGUGAUUGUAGCCUAUGUUUGCAAUUGCAAAUCAAUUGUCCUUGAUGGCUUGAUUAGUGUCUUACAUACUACAUCAAACAGAUCUGUAAUUUUCAUAUUCAGAAUCAAGGCAGUUUUUCUGACACUGAAUGUUUCAUAAUCCAUAGUGUAGUGUAAACUCUCCAGCUGCAUUCCAAU